AUGUAUGUGAUAACGCUCUUGCUUGCUGCUAGUUUUUCCUUCCUCUGUAAGGAUUCAGGGUUGGCCAUAUUCAGUUCAGUAACACAUGCAUUUCUUUUCUGCAGACGUGGCAAAAUGCAGAGAGAGUCGGACUUCAUGGCCAGUGUAGACAGCAGCUGGAUCUCUUGGGGUGUGGGAGUCUUCAUUCUGAAACCCCUGAAGUGGACUCUGUCAAGUGUGCUGGGUGACAGUAAAGUACCUGAGGAGGAAGAAGUUCUGAUUUUUGUGGAGCUACUUCAGGAAAAGGCCGAGGAAGUUUAUCGCUUAUAUCAGAACUCCGCGCUCUCUUCUCACCCUGUUGUUGCCCUCUCAGAGCUGCGUUCCCUCUGUGCCAACGUUUGUCCAGAUGAAAGGACGUUCUACUUGUUGCUGCUGCAGUUGCAGAAGGAAAAGAGGGUCACAAUCCUGGAACAGAAUGGAGAGAAGAUAGUGAAGUUUGCCCGAGGUCUUCAUGCCAAAGUCUCUCCAAUGAAUGAUGUGGACAUUGGAGUAUAUCAGUUGAUGCAAAGUGAACGGCUGCUGUCACAGAAGGUGGAGUCCCUUUCCCAGGAAGCAGAGAAGUGUAAAGAGGAUGCCCGGAAUGCUUGUAGAGCUGGGAAAAAGCAAUUGGCGCUGAGAUGUUUGAAGUCCAAACGAAGGACAGAAAGGCGCAUCGAAGAGCUGCAUUCCAAGCUGGAUGCAGUGCAAGGGAUCUUGGAUCGUAUAUAUGCCUCCCAGACCGAUCAGAUGGUAUUUAAUGCCUAUCAAGCCGGUGUGGGAGCUCUGAAACUGUCUAUGAAAGAUAUAACUGUGGAGAAGGCUGAGAACCUGGUGGAUCAGAUACAAGAGCUCUGUGACACUCAAGAUGAAGUAGCUCAGACUCUGGCUGGAGUGGGGAUCAAUGGUCUAGAGACGGACACUGAGGAACUUGAGAAGGAGCUGGAUAGUCUCCUCCAGGACUCGACUAAGGAGCCUGUAGAUCUGCCUCCUGUUUCCCAGAAGCCACUGAACCCUGCCAUUUCUGAUGCUGAGCUUGAAGCUGAAUUGGAAAAACUGUCCCUUUCCGAUGGAGAUUUGGCGCAAAAGACUCCCUCUGCUUCCUCUGAACCCAAAACAGCUCUGGCACUGAAUCUCUAAAGACCCAACAGUUAUCCUGUUGCUGCAGCUUGAGAAAUUGUCUUAAGGUUCCUUAACUAAUGACUGAACUUUGGGAGAGAAGGGUAGUGCUCCCCUCUUCUUUGUGGAUAUCGCUUUACUAAGCAACAGGAUCUUCUGCCAUGACAAUCCACUCUCUGGAACUGGCCCCAGCUGAUGUUUGUCAUCUCUGUGCUGAGAUCUGCACUGGUUUUGAUUUGACUUGUUAUCCCAAGUCACCUGCAACAUUCGAUCUUCAUUCUGGGAACACAAUUCUCACUACUCUGCCCAGUGAAGAUGAACUCUUCUGUGUCCAUAACAGUGCUUGAUUUUUCUUUUUCUCUUUUCCUUUUUUUUUUUUUUUUUUUUUGCUGUGGCUGAUGUUGAGAAUUUGAGUUGCAGCAGUAUUGCAGUUGCUCAACACCUGGCUGUUUGUGUGGUUGUUUAAAACAUUUGGCACAUAAAUACUGUCCUUGACAUAAGUUAUCUGCAACAAGCUUAAACACAUGUUGAUAGUUCUGUCCCUCCCUGUCUGUAUUUUGCACGGUCGUGGACAGCUAGACACUGUAACUGUUAAAUUGUAGGAGAUGUUGUUGCUGCGCUAGGGGGCAGCAAUUGCAAGCACAAGACAAAAUGAAUUCUUCUUUCUGUAAUGACACUUAAGGCCUUAAAAGGGAGACCUGCAAAAGAUUUUUUUUUUUUUAAAUGAAGGAGUUCCUUAUGCUGACUCUGGUGACAAAGGCUUGCAGUCAAUAUAAAACAAUUUUCUGCUUGCUCUUACCUGAAAUUUGAGCUGUUUGCUAUUUUUGUAUCCUUCCUGUUUGCAGAACUUUUGGAGAGCUGCAGGAUGAUCUGCCUUGAGAUCUCAUGUUGUGUUUCAGGGUGGGGGAAGAAGCGAUGCAUCGUUUUGGUUGGUGGAUGGUUUCAUAUAGCAGUCUUGACCUUGCCUUCAAACUUGAUGUUGCAAGAUUAUGGGUUACCAAAAGCAACCCAAAACAAAAGCCUAUGCAUGUUUCUAAUGGGGGGUGGGAAAAACUAGCACAGGAACUUAAGAGGGUUUUUUAGGUGCUGCCUUUACCAAUCAGAAGUUGAAAUCAUCAUCUUUUGCAGGUCACUUUUUUUAUUUGCAAGUGUAAGAGCACAAAGUCUGGUACCUACUCUGAAUAAAGCAAUUCCCUUGGGAGAGGAAUGUGCUAUCAACCGGGCUUUCUGCCCACAGAGAUUGUGGAGGGCAGGAGGUGACUAGUUACAUGUUUAUCUGUAGUCAGUCCUCCUGUCUCUGCACCUCUCCCUGACUCGGAAAGUAUUCCCGUCAGCGUUCGUUUCUGUGCUGCCUCCCAUACCAUGCCUCACUUCUCGAGCCAGGUGGAUGGCUGCUUGGGUGAGUAGUAAGCUAGGGCUGGAGUUCCCAAGCCCCGUUUAUACAUGACGACCCAACGUUAGCCCUGGAGGACAGAGGACGUUUUUAGUGGUGUCGCUAGGGUGCUGCAUCAGCUCUGGCUGCUUUGUCCCUUCUGCUCAGGAGUGCAGACUCCCACCCAAGAAGGCAUGCUCUAGCCAGCUAGUGGUGUACCCAAGCUGCCCAGAGAAUUGUGUGAAAUGACUUGGAGCUCUGAGUUCCCUUCCUUGUAAGCAAAUGGGAGAAAAACACUGUUUUCUGCCUACAUGUAAUAAAGGGGAGGGGAGGACCCAGAGUCCCUUGUGAUGCCGCCUUUUCUUUCCCUGUGUCACUGAUCACUGAUACUAAUGCUAUUCCCGCUGUGCUUCUGCAUCUAUAAAAGUUGUCUGCUGAAAGUAA